AUGAAGCUCAACAUCUCCUACCCCAACAAUGGCACCCAGAAGCUGAUCGAGAUUGAAGACGAGCGCAAGCUCCGCGUCUUCAUGGACCGCCGCAUGGGCCAGGAAGUCCCCGGCGACAGCGUCGGCGACGAGUUCAAGGGCUACAUCCUCCGCAUCACCGGUGGAAACGACAAGCAGGGUUUCCCGAUGAAGCAGGGUGUCAUGCACCCUACCCGUGUCCGUCUCCUCCUCGCUGACGGCCACUCUUGCUACCGCCCCCGCCGCACUGGUGAGCGCAAGCGCAAGUCCGUUCGCGGCUGCAUCGUCGCCAUGGACCUGUCUGUCAUUGCCCUCUCCAUCGUCAAGAAGGGUGAUGCCGACAUCCCCGGCCUGACCGACGUCGUUCACCCCAAGCGUCUCGGACCCAAGCGCGCAACCAAGAUCCGCCGCUUCUUCGGUCUCAGCAAGGAAGAUGAUGUCCGCAAGUUCGUCAUCCGCCGCGAGGUUCAGCCCAAGAAGGAGGGCGCAAAGCCCUACACCAAGGCCCCCAAGAUCCAGCGUCUUGUUACUCCUCAGCGUCUCCAGCACAAGCGCCACCGUGUCGCACUCAAGCGCCGCCGCGCGGAAGCCUCCAAGGACGCCGCCAACGAGUACGCUCAGAUCCUCUCCAAGCGCAUCUCUGAGGCCAAGGCUUCCCACGACGAGGCCCGCAAGAGGCGUGCCUCUUCCAUGCGCCACUAG